CAAUUAAGAGCGGACAUGAGCGCAAGUGGCGUAAUAGCGGAAUAAAAGCGAAAUAGCGACAUACACUCGAACGAAUUAUUAUUUCCACAAACAGUAGAAGACAUAUUGACCACAAAUCACAGGAAAGGAGCAAGCGGCAGAAACAACAAAAACCGACCGAGAGGCACCGACCAAAAUAUAGUUAUUUUGCAUUUGUUGAAAAUGGUGAAUGCAGCCGGAUCUGUGGGAAACACAACCGCAGCCCAGAAACUGAUAUUGUUGGUUAACUUGCUGUUGUUCGGCGCUGGGAACAUGUUUACUUCCAUAGAGCUGCGCGAAGCUGCCGCUAUACCCGACCACAACGACACAGCGGCAACAGGCGACCAAAUAUUAGGAUAUACACGUAACUGGCGCUUAAUCACGCGAGCCGAAUGGGGGGCACGCACGCCCACCUCUGUCGCCAACUUCACCGGCCCCGCACCAUAUGUUAUCCUACAUCACUCCUAUCAGCCCGGCGUUUGUCGGACAGAGGAUGCCUGUAAAGCAUCGAUGCGCUCCAUGCAGAACUUCCAUAUGAACAGCCAUGGUUGGCCGGACAUUGGCUACAGUUUUGCCGUUGGCGGGGACGGCAACGUGUACGAGGGCCGCGGUUACGACGUGGUCGGUGCACACGCGCCCAACUACAACUCGCGCAGUAUUGGUCUGCUCUUAAUUGGUAAUUUUAUGGAGGAGCUGCCACCCGCACCAAUGUUGCAAGUAGCACAGGACUUUAUUAAAUACUCGAUGGAGGAAGGCCAUUUGCGGGACGAUUACAUUUUGCACGGACACCGGCAGGUGCGCAACACCGAGUGUCCCGGGGAUGCGUUGUAUGCGGUGAUCAAAAAGUGGCCCCACUGGCAGGACCUUAAUUGACUGACGCCAGUUCCACCACGGAGGGCACGAAAAUGUUAGGUCAUUAAAAUUUUAACUUAUAACUUAAUUGCAAUUAGUAUUAUAUCAAAUAUAUGAACACUCUAAACAUUACGAA